AUGUCCACUCUCUUUGAAUUGGCGGCGAAUCCUCUGAUUGCGAAAACUAAUGGUGCUUCACCGCCGCUAAUGGUACCUUUUGCUGCACACGCUGACGUAUGUUGCGUUGCCGUGGGUGUCAUGGUUGACGGGCAGUGGGGCAUCGCCGGCAGCAUGGUUCCCUCGUGCUGGUACAUGUAUUGGCUGUGGGCAUGGGCUGCUGAUCACACGCGACUGAGCUGGCCUGACUGCAUCCGAUCCACAUUCCCCAUGGUGAAUCUCAAAGAAGCCGAGCUAGCAUUCGUUCUCUUCCACGGCUUUGUUUUCGUCGGCGCGCCUCGAAGAAUCUAG